AUGCCUUACCUCGUCCAAAAAGGUAACACAAUCCACGUCCCUGCCGAGCUCCUCGGUGGCGAGAAGAGCAGCACAAUCACUGUGGAAUGGAGUCAGAGGCUAUCAGGUCGCCAACAAGACUACUACGUCUGCAACUAUACCGUCAAGUCCGGUGGUGAAUCUGACGGUGUCAUCUACGUCCAAACCGACAAGCUCGACGACUUGAAAGCGAAGAAGAUAGACGGAGGAGAUUACACUUUCAGGAUCGAUGAGUCGUUCCAAUACGGCCAGAAUCAAGAACAGACCAAACGGUUCUUGGUCUUUCACAACAUGAACAAUUGGCCCUACCAGCAUCGUUUCGUUGAACCCACUAUCACUGCGCUUGGCGCAAAGGGAAAGAAGUUUGUUGAGCCGCUUGACUUAAAAGGUUUACUCGGUAUUGACCCUGCCGGUGACGCGGUCCAAGGUGUUGAUAUGGUCGCUAGGUGCUUCGUGGGGGACUACCUGCACAGCUAUUAG